GACAGACCCAUUUGGAUUAAAAAGUAGUGACAGAAUAUUACGAUUAAUUAUAAUUUAUAUCUGAGUUAACAAUCUCCCAAUUGGGUAGCCAGGGACGCACGCAGACAGAGAUACUCUCGCAGAAUUUCAAUGGCGAGUUCAAAAUUUCAAGCUUUAUGGAAUCACCCAGCUGGCCCUAAAACCAUUCAUUUCUGGGCACCAACCUUCAAAUGGGGAAUUAGCAUUGCUAAUCUAGCUGAUUCAGCAAAACCCCCUGAGAAAGUUUCAUAUCCCCAACAGAUAGCUGUUACAGCAACUGGAGUUAUCUGGUCACGCUAUAGCACUGUUAUCACUCCUAAAAACUGGAAUCUCUUCAGCGUAAACAUUGUGAUGGCUGGCACAGGCAUUUACCAGCUUAGCCGAAAAAUUCAGCAUGAUUAUUUCAGCAAGGAGCAACCUGCUGUUGUGACAAAGGAAUGAUGACGAAAAUUGUGUUUUGUAAGUUGAUAGAUUCGAGCUGUGAACAUGUGCAGUACCAACGGUGGGUCUAUCAUUUUGCUAUUUGCUUGUGCUGUUCAUAUUUGUCGGUCCAUCGCCUUUGAUCUUGAAUCCCUGAAUACGUUUGGAUGAUCGAUGGAAAAUAAUAAGAAUAAUCCGUCGUUGUUUAGUUUCUUCA